GCUGCCUCGCUCCCGGAAGUGGAGGGUCUGCACGGAGAGCGCCGCUGGGUCUGGGUGCCCGGAGGCAGAAGCCCAGGCGGAGCUCGCUCGUCAGCCCCCGACCGCCAUGUCGUCCUUCGACACCAACCCCUUCGCAGACCCAGUGGACGUAAACCCCUUCCAGGAUCCCUCUGUGACCCAGCUGACCAGUGCUCCGCAAGGUGGCCUGGCUGAAUUCAACCCCUUCUCAGAGACAAAUGCAGCGACAACAGUUCCUGUCACGCAGCUCCCUGGGCCCUCGCAGCCAGCGGUUCUCCAGCCCUCGGUGGAACCAACCCAGCCAACCCCCCAGGCCGUGGCCUCCGCAGCACAGGCGAGCCUGCUCCGGCAGCAGGAAGAACUGGACAGGAAAGCAGCCGAGCUAGAGCGCAAGGAGCGGGAGCUGCAGAACACAGUGGCCAACUUACACGUGAGAGAGAACAACUGGCCACCCCUGCCCUUCUGGUGCCCUGUCAAGCCCUGCUUCUAUCAGGAUUUCUCAGUAGAGAUCCCUGCCGACUACCAGCGGAUAUGCAAGAUGCUGUACUAUCUCUGGAUGUUGCAUUCGGUGACUCUGUUUCUGAACCUGCUUGCCUGCCUGGCCUGGUUCUUAGUUGACAGCACCAAGGGAGUGGACUUUGGCCUUUCGAUCCUGUGGUUUAUCAUCUUCACCCCCUGUGCCUUCCUUUGUUGGUACCGACCCAUCUAUAAGGCCUUCAGGUCCGACAACUCUUUCAGCUUCUUCGUGUUCUUCUUCAUAUUUUUUUGUCAAAUAGGGAUCUAUAUCAUCCAACUGGUUGGCAUCCCUGGCCUGGGGGACAGUGGUUGGAUCGCAGCCCUGUCUACACUGAAGCAGGACCACUUGGCUGUGUCAAUCAUCAUGAUGGUGGUGGCUGGCUUCUUCACCCUGUGCGCUGUGCUCUCACUCUUCCUUCUGAAGCGGGUGCACUCCCUCUACCGCCGGACGGGGGCCAGCUUCCAGCAGGCCCAGGAGGAGUUUUCCCAGGGCAUCUUCAGCAAUAGGACCUUCCGCAGCGCUGCCUCGUCUGCUGCCCGAGGAGCCUUCCAGGGGAACUAGGCCUCCUGACUCUCCUUUGUUUGCCCCAGCCUUUUCUCUUGCCUGCCUUCUAGCUGCACUUUCCAUGGGUGCCUUAAACAGUGGUUAUGCCCAGCACAGACCUGGGGAGGGUCUGGCACGGUCCUUCCUCCUUCCUCAGCCACCAGCUCUCUAUUCUGCCCGAGGGGAGGGGAGGGGAGGGAGGGACAGGGACUAUUUUUUUUUUUUUUUUUUUUUUUACACAAGAGAAAAAAAAAAGCUGUCUUUCCUUCUCUGGU